AUGAUGAUUGCACUUGUUGUUCUUCUGCUUGGUAUAGCCGGACAACAAUGCCUUGGAACAACCUUAAACUGUUCAUCCCUUUAUUACAGAUAUCCAGUGGACAGUGACAUUAUGGUCAAUUGUGGUCCAUCGUCGAUUGUGCUGACUAUCAAUGCUUGCCCAGUUCAGUUUGCUGAGUUUGACCCCACCAGCUUGGCUCUCAAUGGGAAACAUAGCAAGAGUAACUGCAUUGGAGCCCUGGAUACUACAGUCGAUCCCCCAGCCAUAACAUUUGUUUUCCCACUUAAUGACACUACAGAAAACACGUGUGGGAAUAGUAUUACGAUUCAGGAUAGUGUGGGAACUGGGCUAUUCCAAGCUUUCUCAAGUGUCCAAACAGUGGUCAUCGCAGGUUAUGUGAAUACCCCAGAUAUAAUAGAUAAUUCAUUGAUUUCCUACAGCACAAACUUGAACUAUAAUUUUUCUUGCUACUACCCACUACAGUACAUGCUCAACAAUACUGAACUUUUGACGUCUUCAGCAAAUGUUGCUAUCAACACAAAUAACGGCACCUUCAUCAGCACCUUGAGAAUGCAAAUAUUCACUGAUGAAAAUCUCACCAUUCCACUGCAAUCCAAUGGCAGUGCACUCCCACUUAAAAUGAAUUUGUAUGUUCAAGUGACAGCCACCAACCUCACUGCCAACUUCAAUGUGCAUCUAGAUGAAUGUUUUGCUACCCCGUCACCCCUGAUGACUACUGAAACUGCAAGCAAGUUCCCUCUGUUAUCGGGGUGUGCAUCUGCGAAUAAAACUAAAAUAUUGUCCAAUGGUGUUGGAAAAUCAGCUCAGUUCUCAUUUGAGACAUUCCGUUUCUUGCAACACAGUGGUCAACCAACUUCUAGCAUCUAUCUCCACUGUGCCACAAGACUUUGCCAGCCUGAUACAUGUGCAAAGCUGCAACAGGCCUGUGACAUUGGUCUCACUACUCCAGCUUUGUCAAGAAGGAAGAGAGCAGCAGAUGCAGAAAUUACUGAUGGAACUACCGAGAGUGUGACUGUAUCAUCUGGCCCUAUAUAUACCAGAGAGGCAGACAUAUCUGAAAUAAAUCAACUCCAGGGGACGUUAACAGGACUCAUUGUUGGAAUCAUCAUUGCCGUUCUGUUGGGGACAGCCCUUGCCAUUGCCGGUGUGAUUUUGUAUAAAAUAACCAGAAUCCGAACUCAGAAUGAUAAGCAUGGUGUGGACAACUUUACCUUUAGUGGAAAAUAA